AUAAGAGAGUCUAUAUAUUGCCUGCACUCUUAACUACAGUGAUAGGAGCUCUAUUAAUUCAAACCAGCUCCCAUAGGUGCGCUUACACCAGGUGAUAAGUCGUAUGGUUUGGUUGCAACCCGUUUUAGGCUAUCCGCUUAAUGUGAUGGAAGAAGCAUCCAAUUUCGGAAAGACUACAUCUCAGCUCCGUUAUCAGAGUCCAUAAUGAGCUCAGCUUCCGGCCAUAAAAGUGAUGAUCUUCGCUCUAGGGCUUUGCAACUAGUUUAAGCAUUACUCAUGCAUCGCAUUUAAGACGAUUUCACAUACCUAUUCGGAGCAAUGAGAGGACUCACCUUGACCGUUUUCCCCUUGUGGUGGGCUGCUGGGGCGAUUGCUGCUCCUACGCGGGCGCAAGCUGCACCUCCGGCUGAAUUCACACCGAACACGAGGGUCGGCCCCGGAGGAAACAGCUACAAGGACUCGCCACAUUUUCGCGUCUAUGAUGCGACAAGCGACUCUGUCGCGAAUGCCGUACUCCAGACUCUUGAGUCAGCCUACGACUGUUUCGUAACUGGCCAAGGAUGGAGGUCGACGGGUCUCUCAUUUAAUCAAGACAAUGACAAUGGCCCUUGGUACAAGAUGAAUGUCUACGAUGUUGCAGAUUUAGGGCCUAAUACUGCUGCCAAUACCGGAACCGAUAGCGCCACCGGCCUAAGUUUCCUGAAUGUCGUUACGCAAUGGAUGAAUACGCCUUCGAUUACUGUUCAUGAGUUCGGACAUGCUCUCACAUAUGCUGAGAGAUACUGGGUUAACCAGGGCCGGACGGGAGCAUGGUGGGAGACGGUCGCCAACUUCGUCGCCGACACAUUUAUAACCUCCUCGAUUUGUGCGGACUCGAGAGCGCGCUAUAAUCAACCGAGUGGUGAUACUCUCAUGAAUCUUAAGAAGGUUAUAGGCGAUUCUUUCCAAGUAAUCGUGGAUGGGUCAAGCGGUACCGGAAACUAUUACGAAGCAUGGCCAUUCCUGACUUACAUUACGAACAAUCCAGACAAUUAUGCUGGUCUGGGGAUGGCGAAUUUCCCGAACGUAUGGAGAAAAUACAAGCGGAACAGCAAUGAGACUCCUCUGCACAUCUUGGAUCAGCUCGCAUCGCCUACUAAAAUCCAGACAAUCGUCGGUCGCUACUGGGCUAGAAUGGCGUAUGUCGAUCUCGGACACGAAAAGGCUAGGGCUCUAUUCAAUCAGCAGAGGAAAGAGUUUAAUUACGCAAAUUUGGAUUCCCAGGGCAGUGGGAGAUAUCGAGUUAAAGCAGCUCGGCAGCCGCGUUAUAUGGGCGCCAACAUCAUCCCCUUGAAGGCGACUGGAUCAUCGAUCAGCAUCACUGUAACUGCCACGACACCAUAUACAGCUACUCUGGCGGUAAAAGGUUCCAAUGGAGCUGUUCGGUAUAUCGAGGUGGUAGACAACAAGGUGCAAGCAAAUUUGGCCAGCGGGGAGGAGGCUACUCUCGUGGUUGCGAACACGCCGAAUACGCUCUACCUUUAUGAUCCUUUCUCACUCACUAGCGAUGUGAGUCGGGGCUUGGACUACCAGUUGCAGAUCACAGGCGCAAGUGUCUAGAUUUAGGUCUCCCUGGGCACAUAAACAAGCUGUAAGGAUUAAAUGGUCAAAAAUUAUUAUGGUGAUUUUGUACCGUUUUAUGAUUGCCCCCUGAGUUUGUUCUUGGAGGGAGUUGGAGUGUUCAUUCGCAACUUAGUAAUCUUGAAAUCGAGGUUACCUAGAAUACAGUGAUAAUUCAGCAACUCUAUAGUAUUCUAUGCUACUAUAUGAAUUGAUAGGAAAUCAAUACACUCUUGCAGAUAGAAUUCAACAUUUCGGAUCCUCUUUUAUUUGAUUGGUUGCGCUGAUUUCUCUUCAGGGGUAGUUUUUGACCCCUGUUGACCUUUUAUCGAAGAAAGUAUUUGAGAAUAAGAAAACUUCAUCAGACUUCUAUUAGUUAUUAGUAAUACUUAAC